CCGCGAGUAGCCGCCGAGAUAAGCGGAAUCCUUAUCAGUCGAGGACCCAAAGCAACCAUUCUGGCUUUCUCAUGAGCCUCGACUUGUCCUUGGAACCUCACUCAUCAUCAGAACAGACAAACGGGACACGAUGUCAGCCUUGGCAAAGCUGUCCGAGACCCUAUCAAAUGCCGACUUCAAAUCUAUUCCCAUCAUAGACCUCACGGACGCCAGGUCUGCUGAUGAAGAGAAGAGAAGAGUCGUUGCAAUGAGCAUCCGCGAAGCUUGUCUCAACGCCGGAUUCUUUUACAUCAAGAACCACGGUGUAUCUGAGGACGUUGUCGAUGCAACGUUCAGCCAGUCCAAGAUGUUCUUUGACGCCCCUGCGGAGAUCAAAAAGUCUGUCGACAUUACCAAGUCUGAAAACUUUCGUGGGUAUAUGGGCCUACUUGUGUCCAACAAUGAUCCGUCAGUCUCGACCAAAGGAGACAUGCACGAAGCAUUCAACCUGGGACUCGACCCUUCUCUCGACCCCUCUUCCUUUGAUCAAAUAGUCAAGGAGGGUGAAUUGAAACAUUCAGAAAACCUGUGGCCGAGUGAGGAAAUCUGGGAUGGUGCUGGUGAAUUCACCAAGCACCCGGCCGCAAUCAUGAGACUCCUCUUCUACCAUGCACUGGGAGAGAAAGAAGCCGACGAAUUGAUGCCGGGAAUUGGUAGCCACACCGAUUUCGAGUGUUUCACUAUCCUCCGCCAGAGUUUCUGCGACGUGCCGUCUGCCCUUCAAGUCCAGAAUCGACGAGGCGAAUGGAUCGAUGCGCCGUAUAUCCCUGAAACCUUUGUGGUCAAUAUCGGUGACCAAUUUGCACGAUGGACGAACGACAUCUUUGUGUCCACAAGGCACCGCGUCCUUCCAGCUUUGGCCAAAGACCGAUAUUCCAUCCCAUUCUUCUUUGGAUGCGAUCACGACGUGCCUCUCCUCCCUCCUGAUACGUGUGUAACUGUGGAAAGGCCGGCGAGAUAUCCAGUGGUUACAGCAGGAGCGUAUGUCUUUGAUCGACUUUCAAAGGCCUACAAGGUCGAGAGGUCGAGUUUAUGA